AUGAGCCAUCGAAAAUUUGAGCAUCCACGUUGUGGUAAUCUCGGCUUUUUACCAAAAAAGCGAGCUUGUCACCAUCGUGGAAAAGUAAAAUCUUUUCCAAAAGAUGAUCCUAAAAAACCCGUUCAUCUUACUGCUUUUCUUGGUUACAAAGCAGGUAUGACACAUAUUGUUCGUGAAGUCGAUCGACCUGCAUCAAAAUUAAAUAAGAAAGAAACCGUUGAAGCUGUAACAAUCAUUGAAACACCACCGAUGGUUAUUGUCGGUGUUGUCGGAUACAUUGUAACACCCCGUGGUCUUCGUGCCUAUAAAACAAUCUAUGCUCAACACUUAAACGAAGAGUGUCGUCGUCGUUUCUACAAAAAUUGGUUUGCAUCAAAACGAAAAGCAUACACAAAAUAUUCAAAGAAAUGGGAUGAUGAAUCCGGCAAAAAAGCCAUCGAAAAUGAUUUCAAACAAAUGACUAAAUAUUGUAAGGUUAUCCGUGUAUUAGCUCAUACCCAAGUGAAAUUAUUACGUAAACGACAAAAGAAAGCUCACAUUAUGGAAAUUCAAUUGAAUGGUGGUACUGUUGAACAAAAAGUUGCUUUCGCACGUGAACACUUAGAAAAACAAGUACCCAUUAAUCAAGUCUUUUCGAAAGACGAAAUGAUUGAUACCAUUUCCGUCACCAAAGGUCGUGGUUUCAAGGGUGUUACAUCACGUUGGCAUACACGAAAAUUACCACGUAAGACACACAAAGGUCUACGAAAGGUAGCUUGUAUUGGUGCGUGGCAUCCAGCUCAUGUCUCAUAUGCUAUUGCUCGUGCUGGUCAAAAAGGUUAUCAUCAUCGUACGGAAAUCAACAAGAAAAUCUAUCGCAUCGGUGAAGCUAUUCAAGUUAAAGAUGGUAAAACUGUUAAAAAUACAGGUUCAACUGAUCAUGAUCCAACAGAAAAAACAAUCACUCCAAUGGGCGGUUUUCCACAUUAUGGUGAAGUUCGUCAAGAUUUCAUCAUGAUCAAAGGUUGUUGCAUUGGACCCAAGAAACGUCCAAUUACAUUACGUAAAUCACUCAUUGUCAACCAGAAACGUUCACAUCGCGAACAAAUCGAAUUACGUUUCAUCGAUACAUCAUCCAAAUUUGGACAUGGUCGAUUUCAAACUCAUGAAGAGAAACGUAUAUUUAUGGGUCCACUCAAAAAACAUCGUCUCCAAGAAGAACAACAACAAACAGCCACAACAGCAGCACACCCACAAUCGGCUUAG